CUAUAUAGAGACAAUACACAGUGUUGCCACUAUUGUUAUUCAGUUUUCUGGAUUCUAGUGGCUUCUGCUUCUCACUUCUGCUACAUUUAUAAUGAUUAUUUUGAGCAUUUUAACCUGAAAAUGAAAGUCGAUAGACUAGCAAUACUAGGAUUGACCAGGAUUAUUUACAGAUAAAUCAAUGACCUUCAUUUUGUGUGACUGAAGUCGUUAAUGUAUUAGAGCCGCCGAAUUUCGUUAACGAAAAAUUUAUAAAAUGCUUCGUUUGAAAUAUUGCAAGUUUAUUUCCAUGGCUGCACAAUGCAGACACAUGGCCACCGUGAAAAGGUUUUAUCGAAAAACAGGUAUAUUAUGCAAUGGAAGCAAGUAUGAAAUUACGUUAGACCAAAGGAAAUUGAAAACACCGCUUGGCAAAGUGUUUGAAAUUACAAGCGAACCUUUAGCUUUGGCUGUAGCCCACGAGUGGGACAGCCAACCAGAAAUUAUCAACCGCAAUAUUAUGCAUUUAACUGCUUUGUGCAGUACAGUACUAGAUAAUCCUAACAAACUUACAAAAGAAGAUAUUGCAAAUUAUAUAGUGAAUUUUUUGGAAACAGAUACACUGCUUUUCCAAUCAAAUGAAACUGAGAAUAAUACAGAUGAAUUGUACAAGUUACAAGAAAACAAAUGGGAUCCGCUCAUUCAGUGGUUCUGCGAUCGAUAUCAAAUUGAUAUUGUUAAAACGAAAAGUAUAGAUGCACCAAAAAUACCUCAAGAUACAAAAGAUGAAAUAAAGAAAUAUUUAGUAUCUCACAGCCAUGAAGCAAUUUUUGGUUUUAUGUACGGAGUAGACACUGUCAAAUCUGUCAUCUUGACACUAGCGGCGUCAGAAAGAGUAAUAAAUGUCGAGGAAGCAGUCGCACUUUCCCGUUUAGAAGAAGAUUUUCAGAUUUCUCAUUGGGGCAACGUGGAAUGGUCGCAUGAAUUAGCAAAAUACGAUUUGCAAUCACGCAUGGCAGCUGCGAUUCUGUUUAUCCAUCUAAACUCGUCAUUCGUGAGCUGUAGACCAAAAACGAAAAUGACCAAUGCCACAUGA